AUGUCAGUGCGCGUGGCCUUUUGGUGCGCGCUGUUCGGGUUCCCCAUCUAUUCCCAGGCGAACUACGAGCUAUUCUACGGGUCGCAGCUAUGCUCGCCGUCGCAACUGGGGCGCUGGGUGGUGGGUCCGAACGGCACGGGCAUCGUCCCGCAUGAAGGAGCUAUGGAUGCAGGUUAUAUUCCGUGGGUUGCUUGGCUGGACUGCUUGGGCCUGACAUUCCUUUUCCUCAUCUCCAAGAUGAGCACGAAUGCCAUCAAGUUCGGAUUGUCGUGGCACCUCUUCUUCAUGAUGGGCUACAUGAACCCAAACACGGGGCCGCACAUCGGCGAGCUGCACACUGGUAUUCCAGGCGUGCAGUGGGAUUCUGAGCCCACCGCCGUGCUCUUCACCACCUACACCGGGUCGCUCCUGGCAGUGCUGGCCACUUUGUUCCCCUGGCCCAUGCUCAAUAUCACUAGGGUUGAUGAAGAUACAAAGACGGUGGUCAGUUCUCUGGACAACAUUUGGGAAGACGCAAUCUCGUACUUCUGCGGCGGGAGGCAUGCUGCAAAGCGCUUGCAGAUUGCAUCGAAGAUCGCAAAUCUGACGAACAACAUCAGUACAGUCAGUGGAGAUUUGGAGGCGUCCUGGUGGGAGACGCUAGACCUUUGUGGGUUCAAGCACAAACGUGCGUUGUACGCAGAGCUUGACGCCGAGCUCGACCAGCUACAUCAAGUGCUCUACGCAAUGAAGGCCUGCAUUCUCGAGGCUGGGUUCGGAAAAACUCACGAGGCCUUCAUGGACAAGAGCAUGCGCAGGGCUGCUGAGAACCUCAAGCUUGCAACGAUGCGUCUCCUGUACCAUUGCGCCGAAUCCUGUAGGGACGGAAAGGUGGACGAGAACGAGCUCAAACAGAUAGUCCAGUGUGUGGGGGAGAUCAAGCACUGCCAGAUGCUGAUGCUGCUUGAGUACGAUCACAAGCUGUCUGCAGCAUAUGGGCAAGAGCUGAACUCCUCCAACCCCUUGUCUGACGAACCCUUCUGUAACUGCACCAUCUUCGUCUACUCCCUUUCGGUCUUCGCCUGGCGGGUGAGCGCCUUCGCGGAGGGUCACCUGGAAAAGGAUGGCUCCCGCAAGCGCGGCAGCGUAGUCAGAAACAUGUUUGGGUGGUUGCACGAGUCUUCGGGUGAAGCCGAUGCGGAGCACAGGAAUUUCGCGAUCAGAAACACGAUGUCAGUCACACUCUGCUUCGUAAUGGGAUUCUAUCUACGUGGCUCAGUGUUCCAGACUGGCUACAACGCCACCAUGGCAACCACACUGGCGCUACUGAUAAGCCGCUAUGCUGGUACGACUUUCGAAAGGAACACCAAGCGACUAAUUGGCGUGGCACUCGGCAAGGUGCUCCCCAUCUUGAUUAUGGGAUUGGUCAACCGGCUCGAGUGUAAUUCAACAUUGCAGAUAUUGGCGCACGUGCUGGCAAUUUGCACGGUGGCGGAUCUUAUUACGUUCGAGUAUAUGUAUUUCACAUCAUAUCAAUGGGACUAUGUAGGCUUGUGCGCUGCGGCGUUCGGUUGCACAUUCUUCUUCACUACUUGUAUUCAGGGUGGCGACGCCGACGGCCAGAUCAAAUCAAACUAUGUGGAGAUUGGCCAGGUGAUUCUUGCCAUCGGGGUGCAGAUUACAAUUGACACUCUCAUGAAAUCCAAAGACACUCGCCAGAUCGCAACCGUUUACACUCAUGACCUCGGCCAGGCUCUCCAACGCGGUUUCCGAGAGUACUUCUCCGGGUGCGACCUCAGCCUAUCAAAGUAUUAUUCGAGACCUGAUGAAGUCCAGGGUUGCGCCCGCGGAGGAGUUUCGGCCCAUGGCUGA